GCCGCCGACCACGAAUAUGAAUGUGGAAGACGAGAUAGAAGCACUUCUCAGUGAGGCAAAAGACGCUGCGGAGAUAGAGAACCGUAAUCAAGAACGCUCGCCGUCGCCCACAUAUGCCUUAGAGAUGCCACCGGAAAAAGGCGAUCAGGAGACCUUGCAUGCGAAAGGUCUGUGGCCCUCUAUUGGCAGUAAGAAGGCCAAGAAAGGACAAGAUGAGGUACAGAAGCUGCUUGCGGACGUGGCGAAGGCCAAAUCCGAACUGAGUAGAGCUUACGAGGAUAACAAGGAUGCUCAUCACAAGAAAUCCAAGAAAAACAAACGAAUGAGUGAGAAAACCCACGCGGGGGUUGACCGGGGAGACGAUGCAAGUGACAGCAGUGAUGAAGGUGUUGUAACGUUCUGA